AUGGUUUGGAAAGGUGAUUAUGAUGACAAAUCUAUCUACAUAUGUUUGGCCGAGCACAGAGUGGAUGGCUACUCUACUUACGCUAUUAAAGCCGUUGAAUUGAGCGCCUUAUCUUCUUCUUCUCUGUCUUCUGGGUGCUCACUGAAGUUACGGCAAGUGGCUUACACAUCCGGCGAGGAUCUUCCGGAUAAUAUGGCCUGCGGUGUCUUCGGAUCCAAAAUUCUUUUGGCCGGUGGCACGAUAGGCGUGUAUGACCCGAUAAUAGCUACCCAGGAAGGCAGAUAUAACCCGGAAUUAGGCGGAUUCGUGCCAUGUCCGUGUACAGAAAUCCAAGUGUUUGAUACUCGAAAUCAAAGCCAAAGCCCCACCACCUUCAGGACCUUGGGGAGUUUCAUUGAAGGGAAAGCCAACCCCUUCCUCCUAGAGGUGGACGGAAAGCUGUAUGCUUUGGCUAGUUAUCCCAUACAAUCAUCUAUCAAUUCUGGGGGUUCUUCGUAUUUCGAAGUACUCGAUCCCAUUCGCGGGGUAUGGUCGACUCUUCCAUACCCGCCGGUUUUCAAUGACUAUAAUAGGACGUACGGCCAUGCUGGGCCUGGAGAUUUUUUUUGCUUUGUCGCAGGAUCAAACAUCUUUUGCACCAGUGCAUAUUCUCCCUCCUACUACCGAUUUGAUGUUGCUGAGCCCGUCAAGGGAUGGAGAGCACUCCCUCCUUGUUUCAACUCCGGGCCUUUGCCUGAAAAUAUAUUAGGCAGAACAUUCGUGGCAGACGGUGGUGAUGGGGAAUUUAUACUCUUCAGUUUUAGUUAUGGAGAGCCAGAGUAUCCUCAUCCGCAUAUACAAGUGCAAUUGCUGUCGUCUGAUUUUGGUUGUGUGACGACUCUAAACCGUGUGCUGCUGCCAACAGAUAAGAUACCUCCGGCUCCGCUUCGAUAG